GUCGAAUAUGGACAGAUGUUACGAAACCGGAUGUCCAACUUCCAACGAACGCGGAGUAAAGUGUGGUGGGGAGAUUCGCCGCCGAACAUCGGCAGCCCGGUGGCGCAGCCAGCGGACUGGAACCACAACCGAGCCCAGGACGACUGGGAGCCACAGCUGCCGCACUGGAUCGCCAACCAGCCCGAACAAGAGAGGAACGUCAGCGUCGAAAACAUUGCUCAGCCCAAUGCAGUUCAGAACCAGUGGCCUCUGCGCCACGGCAGCCCCGGCAGUCACAAGAGCCAAGACUCGGGGUUCUCGGACUCCGACAGCUCUCCACCGCCUUCACAAUACUACCCCUCCCCCGAAGACUCUAAAAACAAAUCUGGAAGCAGCAGCGAUUCCAAUAACAAUGAAAAUAUCACUGUCAAACAAGCCAUCGAUUUUCAAAACACUCCCAGUCGAGACGUUGUUGAUGCAAAAGUCUUAGAUGUUAGUGGGAUGAAAACGCCGGUACCCAAGCCGAGAAACCGAAGCAGCAGUCUCAUACAGACUCCUUACGACUUGCAGAAAUAUUAUGAAAUACACAACGAUGAAGAACAUAUGGAACUCCUAAAAGAUAAAGAACAUGAAGAGAAAUAUCCUAGCCCAAAGAAUAUUAACAAUGAAGAUUCGCAAGCAGAUAAAACGUCUAAAAAUAUUACUCCUAAGAAUGCCAAAGCUAGCGGUGGUAAAGAAAUUACAAAUGUUAAUGUAAGCAAUAAAGAAAAUAACCCAAAUAACAGUGCAAUACUCAGAGAUACCAAAGAUGUACCGGUAAAAAAUAUAAAUAUGAUUAGUCCGUCUAAGAAAUAUCCAGUAAAAAAGUCAUUUAUAUCAAGUGCAGAGAGUGACAGUUCAAAAGUCAUCAAAGUGGCUAAAGUUAAAGAUUUAGAAACAAGUAAAAAUAAAUCUGAUGAAAGUUUAGAAUACAUAAAAUUAGCCGACAAUAAUGAGAUCGCAGUUAAUAACCAGCCAAGGAACAGAACUCCAAUUUCCAACAUAUCUUACACACCAACAGAGAGAAGUACAGCAACAAAACCUGAAUACAAACGUAGCAUGUCCAAUGAGGAUAAUGUUCCAAUUACAACAACACCAAAAUUCCAAAGAAAUAGGUUAAACAAAUCACUUAACUUUGAAGCACAAAGAUUGGACCAGCAGAUACUUGAUAUUCAAGACGGCUAUCAUUCUUUAGGAUACAUUGACGAGGAACCAGCUAAAGAAGACAAAGAUGAAAUCCAUAAACCUGCCAAUGCUUUGUUGGGCAAAAACAUCAUGGACAGUCUUCAUCUUAAACCAACAAAAAAACCUGGCCCUAAAGCUAAACAACGAAUGGCAACAAAAAGUGAAAGAAACAGAGAUAUAUUCAGGAUAUUCCCAGGGAAAAAAGAGAAGCCAGGCGUCGUUGAAACUCAUGCGGGUGGUAUCUUAAAUGGAAGCAGAGUACCCUCUCUCGGUCUGCCGAGGACACAGGAACAAAACUCGUGGGUCAUUGUCGGUUACCCGGAACAAGAAAUGUUACUUCCCAAUUACAAUGAAAGGUUAGUGGGUACCGAUAGCGACAUCAACUUAAGGAGUAAAGACUCGGCAGACGACGAUAAUCACUUCAGGAUAAGUCGGAUAUCACCCCCACCACAGUUCCAAGAUAAACUAAAAAUCCCAUAUGACACAGAUUCUAAGACUGACAGGAAUUUAACACACGACACGAAACGGGAGAAGUUAAAAGACGAUGAGCCAAAUUUCUCAGAAGUCCAGUGUAAUCUAGCUUGUACGUCUACUCCAAAAAUGAUAGCUCCCCAUGAAUACAUGAAAGGGGUGCCAAAGAGUUCCACUAAGAAUCCUCGUAGAGUGAAUCUGUUAGAAAAUUUUAAUAGCGGCUUAGUAUUAAACAAUCAAAAUGAAAUUCUAUACCGAGAGAGAAGCAUAGACCAGACAGCGUUGGAGCGGCUAUGUGAAAGGAAGCCAGAGCCGGUCCAAUACUGGCUGUGCGACCUGGUCGGGUCGUGUGAGAACGAGUGCAUGACGACGCUGCAGAGCAAGCCGCUAGGCGCGGAGAUGAAGGCCCUGGUGUCCGCUAGCUCUGCCACUAUCACAGGGAAUAUUAAGAAAGUGCAGACUCAUGGACAGAUUAUUGUGCAUCAGUACAGUGAUGUCAUCCGGCAAUUAGAAGCCAACACUCCAAAUGAAGAGCAGAUCUGCCUCCUAGUAGCAAACAUCAACGAGUUCGUCCUAGCACACAGCAUAACCCUGAACACGAAGCCUCCAGGCGAAACACCAGAACGAUGGGACAAAAUCAAAAAAUCCCUACAACUAUACUUGCAGAAACUCAUCGAUAUAGGGGAAGACGUGAAGGUGGAACUGAAUGAGAGCACAAUAGAAUGCAGUGUGGUGCUGAAGCAUUUGGAAGCGCUGAGUGGGAUUUUCUUGGAAACUACCAAAGCGGUUUUGGUACAGCAAAUGAAGACUCUAGUCUCAAUCAUCGAAGAGCCACCAUCUGACAUGAUCCUAAAGAGCACUCUCACAUCCAUCGGCCACCUGGCCAUGCUGAACGACCGUUCCGAGAGCACUCUCCACGAGAAAUGCUCCAAAAUCAUGAAGAGCAUCACAGAGCUACCGUUCGUAGAGUGCGGGGUGCCUAGAGCUUUGCUGACGGCCAUCAUUGAGAGCAAUAAGAGCUCUAUUAAGGCACUGUCGUUGAGAGCGCUGGCUACUGUAUGUGUCAAUGGGGACGCGGUCAAGCAGUUUGAAGAGGGUGGUGGCAUCGAUCUAUCAGACAUCCUUUCGGACAAGAACAACCCUGAGCCUCAGAUGCGUGAAGCCAUCACGGUUCUCACGCAGAUCACCGCGCCCUGGCUUCGGGGCCACUACGAUCUAACCCAGCUUCAUGUAUAUUUGGAUACCAUUGUUGAGAAUAUCACAGGCAUCCUGUCCCGCACGGAAUGCUGCCAGCUUCUCCUGCUCUGCACGGCGUGCCUCGUCAACCUGGUGCGAGAGCUGGAACUGGAGCAGCAAGGAAACAAGCAGUCAGACAUCGUGGCAGUCAUCACCAAACAUCGCACUACAGAGCGACUGCUCGACGCUGUGAAAAGGCGGGGGCCUAACAUCUCGGUGUUCCUACAGGAGCAAACCGCCUCAUAUCUAGCAUCCCUCUCCCGCGUGCCGCGCUGCGUGCUAGCGCUAUCCUGCUCUUGGGCGACGUGCGCAGCGCUCGUGUGCUUCGCACGCGCCGCGCCCGCGCACGCCCCUCGCGCCGCCGAAAUGCGCGCGCAGGCGAGGCUGCACGCGCACGCUGCUGAGGCUAUCUCUAGACUAUCAGUAGUCCCAGACGUCGCGCACCAGAUAGUGCAACUCGAAGGCGUCCCGCACCUAACCCGACUGGUCAGGCUGCAGCGGACCCGCCCGCAUCUCGACGUCGACCCAGACCAAACUCUCAUCUACUGCCUCAAGGCACUACGGACAAUAUAUAAACACCAUCCACACGCCUUUGCGGAUAUGCAGACCGAGGUUGAUGAGAUGAUUAAACCACAUUUGAUGGAGUCUCUCAUGCUUUUCUCGGCUAAGCAAGAGAGCUACGUUUAGACGCUUUUUAGUCAUAUAUCAUAUUACUUGUACGGUCUCUACUUAGAAGUAUAAAGCCUCCGCCACACAUAAAGCUUUUUGAUAGCGUAGCGUCAGCGGAGCGCAAUGAUAGCGGUGCGCCGGAGGAACGCUGGUUCCGCUCGCAAUCCGCGCUCGUUAGUUUCCGCCGGCGUUCGCUGGGCGCAACGCCAUCAGCGUUCGUCCGGCACACCGCUAUCAUUGCGCUCCGCUGACGCUCCGCCUACGCUCUCGAAACGCGCAUGUGUGGCCGAGCUUUAAGCCCGACCAGACAUCUAAAGGCGCUACGAAAGAAGCACCAUCCAAUUAAACUCUCAAAAGUACCUACAUUUUCGCUAAAUUGUAUACUUAGGACUCAUGGGCUAUCUAAAAUAUUUAGCACUACCAGCGUUUCAGUUGAAAACUGGGAUUUCAGUAUACCUAGUGACUUUUUAUGAGCAAAAUGUAUUUUAUUACCUUAAUUUUUGUACCUACCUACUUGAUUCUAUUUUAAAAUAGUCUUAAUUAAGACUCCGUUUUUUAUACUCUAUCUAUUAAAAUCGAUCUGGGAGCAUUUUGUAAUUAAAAGUUCGUCCCUCUGUUAGGUACAGACUUAUAUAUGCUACUAUAUUUUGCAUGAAAUCUACUUAUUCUUAAUUAUGUGAAGAAAUCAAAUAUUAUUUUUAAGAUAAUGAAUUUGUACUUUUAGUUUGUAAGGGACAAUUUACACGAUACGAGAACUCGCAUGCGAGUUUCAUUACAUUGCAGUAUUUGAUUGUCGUGUUAAAUUCGACAUAAUCCCCAAUGUAAAAUCGCAUGCGAGUUCAAGUCCCGUCUGAAAAAGAACCUUUAGAUUCAUGAGCUUGAAGACGUAAAUUAUUUAAACUUAAGUAAGACUUAUGAUAAUACGUAAAUAUCAACUACUUAAAUAUUUUAGAUUUCUUUGUAUACUGCUUUGUAAAUACUGCUAGAACUGUGUUAUUUUACCAGUAUUAUAAAUGUACAUAAUUCAACACUAAUACUCGUUUAUUUCAUCUUAAUUUUACUGUUGACUGUACAUAUAACAUAUUAUACAUAUAUCCACUCAUAUUCAGAGGCCAUACUUUAUGAAAUUACUAUACUAGUCCUCGGUAUAUUUUAGUAUUUAAGUAGAAGCAUGCCUGAUAUAAAAAGGUUUGCUUUUGGCGACAAUGGGGAAGGCUUAUAAGAAAAUAAAACUUAAAAGAUGGAACCCGACGUUUUUAUUCGAAAAUGUACUUUUUGUAGAAAAUUAUACGAAGCCAUAUAAAGUCUGGCCCGAAAUAGACUACGCGCCAUAUUGCGGAAUUUCACUAGAACUAAUUUCUUCAUACUAAAGGAAACUGUCACCGCAUACAUCAAAAUAACAGCGCCCUCUUGACAAGUCAUAUACUUUUGUCUUUUGGUCUUCCCCAUUUAUUUAUUUCACAGUGACGAUAAAUUAGUAAGUUUUUUUGUAAUAUAUUUUUUAAGAUUUUUGUUCAUUGUACGGCCUGUAUGGCUAAACCUUUACAGUAAAGUCGUAUAUCUCCUCUAGUUUUAUAUUCUUAGGACUUUUGUAAAGUAUAACUGCUUUUAUAAUUUAUAUAACCUUGAAACCACCUAUGCCUACGGAUAUAUGACGUAGACUUUAUAUCGUAGUCUGUAAGAUAUUGUUUAGACUAUAUUAUGUAUAGUCUUUUAUUGUCAAAACGUCGCGAGAGCAAGUUUAAGCUGUGGUGUUCCCACAAUGUUAUCUUUAUUCAAAUAAAAUAUAUUAUGCAA